AUGUUUAGUUGGCACGACAAAGCGUGCAAGUCUCUCAGUAUUGGGUUCUCAGAAGAGUUAGGUCUACCAAUCUGUGCUGGCGACAAAUGCGUUGCUCCUCGCCAUGGUAGGACACGGGCUGCACCCGAAAUAGCACUACCGGUGCCCGCUCCGAAGACCACGUUCGAGCUUACAUGGCCAUCUUCACUGAACUUGGUGGACCGAGAAACCUCCAACUCCAGCCUGGUCAAAGAAGGGUCAGCCGAACCGAAACCUUCCUCACUCGACGACGCAGGUCAGAACGUUGUGUCGCAUCCUGGCCAACAUACGCCGAGCCAACAAAAGUCUACAAACGACUCACCUUUUCGAGACGAGAAUUCAUACCAGCCUCUAGUCGCCCGCAAGACUAGGCUUCUUGAUUUAAUCGGAGGAAGCUACCAUGAUCCUAUCAGAAUUGAGCUUCACAUCGCAAACUUGCUUGACUGGCCGGAAUACGAGGCCCUCUCCUAUACGUGGGCAGACGAGAAUGGGGACUCUUCAAAGUGCGAGAGAGUCUACAUUGGAAAGCGGUGGGACAUCCUACCCAUAACUAAGAAUUGUUCUAAUGCCCUUCGCCGACUUCGAUACCAAAAUCGACCGAGGAGAUUGUGGGUCGACGCCAUCUGCAUAAACCAGAAUGAUGUGGGCGAGAGGUCCCAUCAAGUUGGCAUUAUGCAAAAUAUUUACAAUUACGCCGAGAGAGUUCUUAUCUACCUAGGUGAAGACGCAGAAGAGCCAGACACCGCAGGCUCUACUCCAUGGAACUACGAUACUGGUCACUAUAGGCCGUUGCCACAACACAUAGAUCUCACACAGAAGCCUUACUUCAAGAGAGUAUGGGUGAUCCAAGAGAUAGCUGCAGCAAAAGAUGCCUGGGUUCUCUUUGGGACGAAAGGAGAUCGAUGGGAUGAUUUUCUUUCUGCAGAGGCCAAAAGGAAAACGAACACUCCAUCUAUACCGACCUCUACAGAGAUGACUGCCAUCAACGAGCAGCACUGCCAGAAGCAAAAGUGGCUGCACUUACUCCCGCGAGGGCGCGGGGAGAUUAUGUUUUCGGACGAGCUUCCUAAACUCCUACACGCCACUGUUCGAUGUGAAGCCACAGACCGCCGGGACAAGAUAUAUGCCUUGUUAGGGCUUUUCCCAGACGCUACUCAAGCUAAACUGACUGCGGACUACUCCUUGAGUGAAGAUCAGGUAUUCAGUGGCUUCACUGCUUACCUGCUCUCCAACAGCACGGCAUUCUUACUGCCAGUCUUUGCAGCACUACGGCCAACAUCUUCAACUCCUUCCCCAUCGUGGGCCGUUGACUGGUCGUCAGCGACGAACUUGGACUGCAUGGGCCCUUACUUAGCUGAGAAUGACUCUCGACUCACGGCUAAAAGCGAGACGACUGGAAGCGACAUCGGAUGGGUUUCGGGCAUACCUCGUUUCCACCAGAACGGUCUCUUAGCUCUCCGGGGACGCUUGAUUGUUAGUCUGCCCAGCUGUAUGCUCGGGCCAGAGAUUCAUCGAGGCCCUCCAGGCGUCCAAGAAAGAGUGUGCUACGGGAGAGAGACACAAAUUCUGAAUGUCAUUCCAAAUUGGGUCGAAUCUACCGACGAACUUUGUCAGAUCCAGGGCCUCGACGGCCAUGCGUUGGUGCUUCGGCCCAUUCCGAAGGCUCCUAAGACAUACCGCUUCGUGGCCAUCUGCAGACAGCCCGAAUUCCAUCGCGUAUCAAGUUGUCUCAACUCAAUAGAUCGCACAGCGAUUCUGCUCUUCUCAACAUGGAGAUACAUACUCAAUGCGGUGGGCAGCGAGAGGGACAAAAGGCUCUGGUUUCAUGCAGAGACAUGGAACACGGUCGAAGAGAUGUCUCGGAAUAUCAAACACUUUUGGAACUUGGAGAAGACCAUCUGUCGCGAUUUAGACUGUACUAGAGAUCUCAGAUGUGGCAAAAGUCCACUUUGCGAAGAAGAAGUCCAGGCAGCACCAUACAAGCCUGGAAAUACAAACCCGCGAGAGAUGUGGCUACAUCACGAGGAGGCACACAGCGACUCGCAGCAGCAGAAUGCUGCGAGCCGGCAACUUUCGAAGAAGACUGUUUCCGAUUUCAUUCGCACCUGGACCCUCCUCACGAAGGACAUUCGACCCAACCAGCUUUCUCCUAUCAGACCUGAGGAUCUCCCUCAGCAAGAGACGGAAGAGCGUCUUUUGCGGGAGCAAGGCCACCUCGCUGCAGCGGAAGCAAAGUGGGCGCCAUUGCUUGACCUCGUCAAGUAUACAGAGGCGCGCCUGCUCCCUAUGAAGGAGACAUUCAUCCGCGCCGAAGACACGCAUGAUGAGUCUAUGGAUGACGUUCCCUGGGAGGACAUCUUCAUAGCUUGA